CGCUACAGUCAAUACAAAUCGUUGGAGCUGCAAUAGAUUUUGAUAAUUUUCCGAAGAAAAUUCGCUGGAAGUGUAAAAACUAUAUUCUAAUAUUGGUUUGGAACAUUGUGCUGUUCAAAAUGAAUGGAAUAAGUCAUGGUGAUAAUAUUCUCAAAAGUUUACACAACACGUUGGACAUUGCAUUGAAAUACGGUGAUGCCGUGGAUGCUGACGUUGAAAAAUACAAAGAAAUGGCAAAAUCGGUGUGCAAAAUUGAACACGGCUUCUUGCUUGGUCACGAUAUCGUGAAAGAAGCGGCCAAACAAGGAUCGGUUGAGACAUUCGAUCAGGUUCUGGAAGACCAUCGAGAUGAAUCGCAUCCGAAAUUCAAGCCCCAAACAUCAAAACGGUACACAGAUUUCGUGAAAAAAGCACAACGGUUAGUUGAUGUCGAAAGAGAUGAUGCAUCACAAGCGUCACAAGAUGUCGACAUGACGAUUGACCUCGAUUCAUCUCAGGUCCAAGAACACAUUCCAGACAUCGAUCCAAUCACCAAGCAAAAAUUGGAACGCCCGGUGCGCAACAAACAUUGUAACCAUAUCUAUGGCUUCAACAGCGUUCAGCAAUCAAUUCAACAGAAUGCUCGACUACGCUGUCCGAUCGUUGGUUGCCCCAAUAAGAAGCACGUUCAAAUGAGUGAUUUGAUUGAAGACGAAGAACUGGCCACACGUUUGGCGAAACAGCGAAAGACUCAACGCUAAGAAUGAAAAAUUACGAUACGUUAUUAGAAAUUCUAGAAUUGCUACCACCAGCUUGGGUGCAUCCAAUGUACACGAAAUGUUGAAUAGAAUUCUAAUUGAAAAUCGAACAAAACUUGAGUUGAAAUUCAACAUGCUUAAAUUACGAUAUUCAUUCGCAUUAAGGAUUUUUUUUCUCUAAAUCUAGUAGUUGAAUUAAAUGAAACAAUGAAAUGAAAAAUAGCAGCUCAUGUUUUACAUAUUAUGUUCAUUUUUCAUCUACGCUUCUAUAAAGCUAGAAUUAUUUGUGCGUUGUUAUUGCGACUGUAAUAUUUGUGUUAUGAAUCGUUUACACGAACGCCGAGUAAAGCCGAUGCAUUGCGAUGCUGCAUCAUAAUUUCCUUCCCUUCUUCAUUAAAGUAAUGAAUGUUUUACGGCUUUUACUUUGCACACAAAUUUAUGAAUUUGGUGAAGCGCUACAAUUUUUUUUUCACUUCAAUCAAAAUGCAUAAGGUCGAUAAAGUUGGCUGGCUGUUGGCCCUAUUCUGAAAUGACGACAAACUUACGCUAACCGAUAUAUUUGGUAACGAUGUCAUUGCUACGGCGGAAUUAUUAGUGAUAGGCGCAAUUUUAAAACGUGAUGAACAAUUAGUAAUCGAUGAAUUCGGCAUAACACAUCGGUCAAUAAGUCCGUACGAUGACACACAGAUGGCAUCUCUUCGGCCGAAUCAAUGAUAUUGGCAGGGAGUACCAACCUCCAGAAACAUUGCUUCUUGAUGGGAAAAAAACACCGUUCAAACAAGAGCAUGGCUUGAAAAGUGUUAUUCGGAAUCUGCUCCGUCGAGACAAAUGGUUGAGAAGUGGUUUGCCGAGUUUAAACGUGGUCGUAGCUCGACUGAAGACUUGCCCCGCAGUGGAAGGCCAAAUGAAGCAGUUACUCAAGAGAACAUUAAAAAAGUCCACAAAAUCGUUUUGGCCGAUCGUAAAGUGAAGUUGCAAGAGAUAGCAGACACUCUAAAGAUAUCGAAAGGCAGUGUGCACACAAUUUUGCAUGAGCAUUUGCCGAUGCGGAAGCUCUUUUCUAAGUGGGUGCCGCGUUUGCUCACAGUGGACCAAAAACAACAACGUGUCGACGAUUCGGAGGCCUGUUUGGAGCUGUUUCGGCGCAACGAGAAGGAUUUUUUGCGUCGGUAUGUGACAAUGGAUGAAACUUGGAUCCAUCAUUUCACACCGGAGUCAAAUCGGCAAUCAUCCGAGUGGACAGCAGCGGGAGAACCGCGACCAAAGCGACCAAAAACUCAAACAUCAGCUGGCAAGGUAAUGGCUUCAGUUUUUUGGGAUACGCAUGGUAUAUUGUUCAUCGACUACCUUGAGAAGGGAAAGAGGAUCAAUACUGAUUAUUAUAUUCCAAAACUCGAGCGUUUGAAGCGAGAAAUCGCUGCGAAACGGCCACACAUGCAGAGGAAAACAAGACCGCAGACAACAAACUAUUGAUAACUGUUCCACAACAAACAAUUUUUUGGCGCACUACAUGAAAUGUAUUUCAUCAAAGUAACUUUGAAGUAAUUAUUAUUAUUUAUUGACACCGCCAAAUACUGGCUGAAUAAUAGGUAACAUAGUGAUGUAAUACAUAGGUUUUUGUAUAGGGUCUUGUUUUGUUUUAGGUUUAUGAUUGGUAUAGUUAUUCUCGUUGUUGCACGUAAUGACUUAGGUUUAAAAUGUGAGAAGGUGAAAAUAGGUAAAAUAUUAAGAACAUAGGUAAUAAAUAGAUUUGACUUGCAAA